AUGCUCGUCUUCACUAUCUCUGUCAUCCGGGCCGCCCCUACCGCAGUUCACAACUCGUCAGGCCUUGUUUUGGGUGACUGCGACACCAACGUACCUUUGUGCUACACACGGCUCUUCGAGAACUACGACAGAGACCGCGGAAAUAACACAAUCUGGCUCUCUGUUGGCGACAGCGACGACGCACCGAAGGCCCAUCUACAUCACUUUACCUGGCAGACCGGCGAACAGGGCCGCGGCCAGCGACUUGUGUACGCGACCUGGGACAACAAGGGCAAGGGGUGCCUCCUGGCGGCAACGGUGCUCCACAAGGACCUCCCGGCGCACUCGCGCGUCGUACUGACUCUCGGUUCGCUCAACUUCAACCAGCGGCUGCAGCUCGAGACGAUCAUGCAGGACACACCUGUGCCGCGCGCGACGGAGGGCUUGCGCACGGCGCUCCGCAAAGAAUGGUGCAUACAGAUCCUGGAGAAGGGCAUCGCGCAGAAGCUCUUCACGGGGGUCGAGUUGCAAGCGGCCGUCCAGGCUCUUGAUACGGAGAAAAUUCUGUGAAUACGC